GGUCCUUCUUCCUUUUCCACAGCUCUGAGCAAGCUGACGCCAAGAUGAACGACACAGUUACUGUGAGGACCCGGAAGUUCAUGACGAACCGCUUGCUUCAGAGGAAGCAGAUGGUUGUCGACGUCUUGCACCCGGGCAAAGCCACAGUCCCCAAGACUGAGAUCAGAGAAAAACUGGCCAAAAUGUACAAGACCACCCCUGACGUGGUGUUCGUCUUCGGCUUCAAGACUCAGUUCGGUGGCGGCAAGACGACGGGGUUCGCCAUGGUCUAUGACUCUCUGGACUACGCCAAGAAGAACGAGCCCAAAUACAGACUGGCCAGGCACGGGCUUUACGAGAAGAAGAAGACGUCCAGAAAACAGCGCAAGGAACGCAAGAACAGAAUGAAGAAAGUACGAGGCAUCAAAAAAGCCAGUGUUGGUGCUGCUGGCAAGAAGUGAGACUGUCAGGGGAGACCAUCGUCCUGAAAAUGUUCUUGUAUAUUGUCAUCGAAUAAAUUUAAAAAAAAUUUGGAA